AUGUGUGGACAGUGCGAAUACAGGACUGCUAACAGGUCUCACCUAUCCGAACAUAUGAGGAGACAUUCAGGAGAAAAGCCUUAUAAAUGUGACCAGUGCGACUAUUCUGCUGCACACAAAGAAAUGGGUGAGAGAAGCGGUGAGUACGCUAUGGACGAUAAUCCAGCUGUACACCCUGGGGACGAGACAAGCAGUAGCGAGAAAUUAGACACAGAAAGGCAGCAAACUGGGGAAGGAAACAUUCCAUGUGAGGAAAAGUGUGGAGUAGAAUCUGACCAUCCUCCCGCACAGGGUCGGACAGAGCAGAAGGACAGACUUGCGGUGAAACGCACUGUGGAUAAACGCUUUGCGUGUACGGAGUGUGGCUAUAGGGCAGCCAAAAAGUAUGUCCUAAUCAAACACACAAGAAAACAUACAGACCAACACAUGACUAAACACACCGGGGUAAAAACUCUCAUGUGUGGGGAGUGCGGAUUUCGAACGGCUAAUAGGUCCAAUCUAUCUCGACAUAUAAGAACUCAUACGGGCGAGAAACCCUACAAAUGUGACCAAUGCGACUAUUCUACUACACACAGAAGCGCUUUAAACCGACACAUGGCUAAACACACCGGCAACAAACCCUACAUGUGUGAUGAGUGCGGAUACAGGACUGCUAGCAGGUCUCACCUAUCCGAACACAUGAGAACACAUACAGGUGAAAAGCCUUAUAAAUGUGACCAGUGCGACUUUUCUGCUUCACACAAAGGUAAUUUAAAGAAACACAUGGCUAAACACACCGGCGAAAAACCCUACAUGUGUGAUGCGUGCGGAUACAGGACGGCUGACAAGUCUUCCUUGACCGAACAUAUGAGAACACAUACCGGCGAGAAACCUUAUAAGUGUGACCAGUGUGACUAUUCUGCUGCACAUAAAGUUUCUUUAGACCGUCACCUUACUAAACACACAGGAGAAAAGCCAUUUAUGUGCGAACAGUGCGAAUACAGGACAACUAACAGGUCUUACCUGUCCGAACAUAUGAGAACACAUACAGGUAUGAAACCUUAUAAAUGCGACCAGUGCGACUAUUCUGCUUCAUGCAAAGGCAAUCUAGUCAAACACAUGUAUAAACACAACGGCGAAAAACCCUACAUGUGUGGAGAGUGCGGAUUCAGGACGGCUAGAAUGUCUUGCUUAACCGUACACAUUAGAAAACAUACAGGUGAAAAACCUUACAAGUGUGACCAGUGCGACUAUUCUGCUGCACAAAAAUUCCAUUUAGACCGACAUGUGGCUAAACACAACGGCGAAUAACCCAACGUUUAGGGAGUGUGGAUACAUGGACGGCUGGCAAGUAAUCCGUAACCUUAGAUAUGACAAACCAUUUACGUGUAAGUAGUGUGACUACACUGCAGCACAGUAAUACCAU